AUGACCAGUUCCCCGUACGGCGUGCCUUUCACCUUCCAGUUGUGGCUGACGCUCUGGCUGCUGCGGUCCCGACACUGGCCUUCUGGGCUUGCCUUUGGCACGGACCCGGUGCGGCUGACCCAGCUGUACGAGCAGGCUCGCUGGGACCUGCUGCUGGAAGAAAUCGACUGCACCGAGGAGGAGAUGAUGGUGUUUGCGGCCCUGCAGUACCACGUCAACAAGCUGUCCCAGAGCGGGGAGGUGGGUGAGCUGGCGGGCGCAGACCCGGGCCUGGACGACCUGGACGCCGCCCUCAGCAGCCUGGAGGUGAAGCUGGAGGGGUCGGCGCCCGCGGAUGUGCUGGACAGCCUCACCAGCAUCCCAGAACUCAAGGACAACCUCCGGAUCUUCCGACCCCGGAAGCUGACCCUGAAGGGCUACCGGCAGCACUGGGUGGUGUUCAAGGAGACCACCCUGUCCUACUACAAGAGCCAGGACGAGGCCCCGGGGGACCCCAUUCAGCAGCUCAACCUCAAGGGCUGCGAGGUGGUCCCUGACGUCAACGUCUCUGGGCAGAAGUUCUGCAUCAAACUCCUAGUGCCAUCUCCCGAGGGCAUGAGCGAGCUCUACCUGCGGUGCCAAGAUGAGCAGCAGUACGCCCGCUGGAUGGCGGGCUGCCGCCUGGCCUCCAAGGGCCGCACCAUGGCGGACAGCAGCUAUACCAGCGAGGUGCAGGCCAUCCUGGCCUUCCUCAACCUCCAGCGGACGGGCGGCGGGGGCUUGGGCAACCACCCCCAGGGCCCCGACACCUCUGCUGAGGGCCUCAACCCCUAUGGCCUGGUUGCCCCUCGCUUCCAGCGAAAGUUCAAGGCCAAGCAGCUCACCCCGCGGAUCCUGGAAGCCCACCAGAACGUGGCCCAGCUCGCGCUCCCCGAGGCCCAGCUGCGCUUCGUCCAGGCCUGGCAGUCCCUGCCCGACUUCGGAAUCUCGUACGUCAUGGUCAGGUUCAAGGGCAGCCGGAGAGACGAGAUCCUGGGCAUCGCCAACAACCGGCUGAUCCGCAUCGACCUGGCCGUGGGCGACGUGGUCAAGACCUGGCGCUUCAGCAACAUGCGGCAGUGGAAUGUCAACUGGGACAUCCGGCAGGUGGCCAUCGAGUUCGAUGAGCACAUCAACGUGGCCUUCAGCUGCGUGUCGGCCAGCUGCCGCAUCGUGCACGAGUACAUCGGGGGCUACAUCUUCCUGUCCACCCGGGAGCGGGCCCGCGGGGAGGAGCUGGACACGGACCUCUUCCUGCAGCUCACGGGGGGCCACGAGGCUUUCUGAGGGCCAUCCCACCACUGCCUUGCCGCGCUCACCGCCGGCCCCGGCCACUCCCAAGCCCACACCCGCUGGGACUCACGCCCCACACCCGCUCCAGGCAGGCACCGGCCGGGCACGUUCACCGGCUGCCACCAGCUUUGUGCAGGUUAGGGACCUGGCUGGGCCAGACUCUGCCCUCACCCAGGCCGGGAACGGGCGGCCCUGAGCUUGUCCAGCGCCCGCCCUCCUUCGUCCGAGUGGCCGGGGUCCCCGAGCGCAUGUGGAAGACCAGAUGUCACUGUAGGACGAUGAAUCAUGGCUUCGAACUGAGUCUCUGUCGUGUUACUUUCUAAAUUUCCUUUUUAUAAAUUAAUAUUUUAUUGUUGGGUCAUC